AUACAUUCCUUACAAUAGACGUCAUUUUAUUCAAUUCUUUUAUACCUAUAAAAACCCGACCCAUUUACCCAUUUCCCUCAACAACCAUAACGAACCAUGAAUGUAAACGUAGCACCAUCUUCCUCCAUCAAUUCUCCGGCUACUUUUCCGGUUAACCGGCGGUCCAGUGUCGCCGGACUUCUAAAUCCUCUUCUUCUCCGCUGCCGGAAAACUAAAGUGUCCGUCUUUUCUUCUUCUCUUGACCGGAAAAUCAGAGCUACAAGAAGAAUACUAGCUGCUGCUGCUCUGGAAAUGAAAGAAGCAGAGAAAAAAACAAGUAGUCCAGUGAGAAUAGUGAGUAUUGUUGGUGAGGAUAGUGUUAGCCCUCUCAAUUCUGCUCCUUGGCUAGAUGUCAUGCUUCACACUGCAGAGAGACUGAAAUGGGUUGAUGAAGAGUUUGAAAUGAUUGUCUUUUCUGACAACUUUAUCAAUUCUCAAGAUGAAACUGUCAACCGCGUUAGAAAUGAGCUGGAUCGUGCUGAUAUUUUGGUGCUGGUUGCUGUUAGUAAGGAAGGAUCAGUCAACUGGAUACAGACUAACAGCCAGAAUGUCCCAAAUACCAUAUGCUUUGAUUCCUCUUCGGCACUGAGAAACAAGCUGGGCGGAAUUUUGAUUGAAACUGAAAAAAGAGGAGACAUAUUCAGCAGUUUACUUCCAUUCUCUCAAUCUAAGAAAAUGAAUGAAUCUGUAGAGAUAGUUCGAACAGUAUCUGAGGCUUGGGAAAGGCAUAACGCUGAUGACAUACGGUUCUGCUUAUUAGUUAUAAUUAAUUCUUAUAUAACACCGGUUUCAACACUGCAGAACCUUAGAGCAAAAGGAUUCUCCACCCUGAACUGCAUGGUGACAAAUUGCGGACCUCAGAUAUUGAAUUGUCUACUGGAUCCUAAUUGUAGGAAGGCACUUCAGUGCUUGAACCAGUGCAGCCCUGUAGAUCAAGUAUGCAAUUAUCGGUGUAUUGCUUCAUAUGAGAGUCAAUACCUGGAAGAGUUUUCUCUCUGUGUACUACAGAAGAAUAACUGUCUUGAGCUCGACGCAAAGAUCCCUGAAAAACCUUAUGUGCCUCCAAUGACCGAGUUUCGAGGGGAAAUAUUGUCUUCUGAAAUAGCUGAGGACCUUUUUGUGGGUUGGUUAGGGACAUUGAAUUGGAGUUGGCGCGUUGUAGCAGGGCAGAAUCCAGCUUAUGAUCAAUUUCCAUGCCAGUACCAGCUAUACUAUCGGGGAAAAGCUAGAGGAUCAUUCUGGUAUGAGCCAGUUUUCCAGGUAAGAACACUUGAAGAUAACUUAGUCUGGAGAAGGCGCAAGUAUAGAGUGAAAAGAGGAAAAGUUCCCGGAACAUUUCAAUUCAGUGUAUUGGAUAAUGGAGUUGUUUCAAUUGAGUCGUGGACAAUUGUGGAUGUUUCUGAUGAUUUAAGCUGGGGUUUGUUUCACUAUCAUGGAGCUGCACGAGUGGCGGGGCAGUCAUAUACCGGGGCAGUUCUUGUGAGCCCAGAUGGCCAAUAUCCAGCUGAGAGGGAAAAAGAAAGGUUGGUAUCUGCAUUGGAUAGAUGUGGCAUCAAAGAGUGGGAGCUAUUCAAUGUUGAUAAUUGUUCAUGUGAAGGUCCACCAUUGGGGCUUCCGGAGGGGUCAAGUUUGCAUUCUAAGAUUGAAGUCCAAGAGGGCAGGACACAUGCUUCAGUAUAGGAGCCUGCAAUUUUUUGUUAAAACUAAACUUGUAUUUUGUAUAGUUGAUUGAUAGGUCAAUCAUGGUUAAUGGCUGUUGUUACAUCCUGUUUAAACCAGAUGGAGUUCAAGUAAAAAGUUGUAGAGAUAUGUUCUUGCAAAAUAUAGUGCUCAUUAAGUAAAUGACCUUUUUUAGUUGCACAUAAUUAAGGGAUGUUUUUAA